CCGAUAGGGCGGGGCCAACAUUCCAACUGCCGUCUACUUUUGUCUCUACGUGGAGGAGGCAGGACUGCACACUGGACGCUGUCUGGACUUUCAGGCGCACCGACAUCUCACAUUUCUCUGCGUGACCCACUCAGGUCAAUCACAGAAAAAUGUCUGGAAACAUAUCAAAAGAGGAUAUAGAGGAGAUGAGGGAGUCCUUUGGGAAAUUUGAUCUGGACGGCAAUGGAUUUAUUUGUGAUUAUGAACUCCACGAAGUCCUCAAAGAGUCCGGCCAUCCCCUCCCAAGAUACAUGGUUCGAGAGAUCGUUCAGAAACUGGAUCGCGACAAGGAUAACAGGAUCAGCUUUGAAGAGUUUUUGUCGAUUGUCAAGGAGUUAAAGGGUAGUGAAAUAGCAAAAACUUUCCGGAAGGCCAUCAACAAAAAGGAAGGCAUCCUGGCAAUUGGAGGGACUUCUGAGCUAUCCAGCGAAGGGACACAACACUCAUUCUCUGAGGAGGAGCGAUAUGCCUUUGUGAACUGGAUCAACACAGCUCUGGAAAAUGACCCUGACUGCCAACACGUCCUGCCCAUGGAUCCCAACACAGACUCUCUUUUCAAGUCUGUCAAAGAUGGUAUAGUCCUAUGCAAAAUGAUCAACCUGUCAGUUCCAGACACUAUUGAUGAGAGGACCAUCAAUAAGAAGAAAAGAACACUGUUUACAGAGCAGGAGAAUCUCAACCUGGCCCUCAACUCAGCGUCUGCUAUCGGCUGCCAUGUGGUGAACAUCGGUGCUUUAGACCUGAGUGAGGGGAAGCCCCAUCUGGUACUGGGCCUGCUGUGGCAGAUCAUCAAAAUUGGCCUGUUUGCUGACAUUGAGCUCAGCCGAAAUGAAGCACUGGCAGCCCUGUUAAGAGACGGGGAAACCCUGGAGGACCUGAUGAAGUUGUCUCCAGAAGAACUGCUGUUGCGCUGGGCAAACUAUCACCUGGAAAAUGCUGGCCAGCCUAAGAUAAACAACUUCAGCUCUGACAUCAAGGACUCCAGGGCCUAUUUCCACCUACUGAACCAAAUCUCUCCAAAAGGCACAGAUGAAGACAAGCCACGCAUAGACAUCAGCAUGGCAGGCCUCAGUGAGAAAGACGACGUGAAGAGGGCAGAGGCCAUGCUGCAGCAGGCUGACAGGCUUGGCUGUCGACAGUUUGUCACUCCAAAUGACGUCGUCAGCGGAAACCCCAAACUCAACCUUGCCUUUGUGGCCAAUCUUUUCAACAAAUAUCCAGCACUGACCAAACCUGAGAACGAGGACAUUGAUUGGGGACUGUUGGAAGGUGAGACACGUGAAGAAAGGACAUUCAGAAACUGGAUGAACUCACUGGGAGUGAACCCACAUGUCAAUCAUCUGUAUGGAGAUCUACAGGAUGCCAUGGUCAUCCUUCAACUCUAUGAGAAGAUUAAAGUCUGCGUCGACUGGAACAACAAAGUCAACAUGCCUCCUUACCCCAAACUGGGAACCUACAUGAAAAAGUUGGAGAAUUGUAACUAUGCAGUGGAACUGGGCCAUGAAGCUAAGUUCUCCCUUGUUGGCAUCGCUGGGGGCGACCUGAUUGAUGGCAACCCUACCCUGACCCUGGCUCUGGUGUGGCAGCUGAUGAGAAGAUAUACGUUGAAUGUGCUGGAAGACCUGGGUGAGGGACAGAAAGUAAACGAUGACAUCAUUGUAAAAUGGGUGAACAAAACAUUGGCGGAAGCUGGAAAAACAACAAAGAUUUCAAGCUUUAAGGACAAAGAGAUCAGCAGCAGCAUGGCAGUACUGGAACUGAUAGACGCCAUCCAGCCAAACUGCGUCGACUAUGAUCUGAUAAAAACCGGCAGUCUCAGUGAGGAAGACAAGCUAGAAAAUGCCAAAUAUGCCGUCUCUAUGGCGAGGAAAAUCGGAGCCCGUGUCUAUGCCCUCCCAGAAGAUCUUGUUGAGGUCAGAUGCAAAAUGGUGAUGACGGUGUUUGCCUGCUUGAUGGGUCGGGGAAUGAAGCGGUGUUAAGAGGCUGUCCGAGAUCAUAGUGACACUUUACCAACUACCCCCAAGCCAUUUUGAAAGAGCAAGAGCUCUCCCAACUGAAGAAAUGAAGAGACAAAGAUUUUUUUGUUGUUGUCAUAGCAUAAUGAUAUGAAGUACAAAAUCCGAAUUUGCAUGUAUCCUACCUCUUUUGAGGUGUUUACUGAAGUAUGUGCUUUCCUCUUAUUUAAAAAUGAGUCCAAAAUACUAAAAUGUCCAAAGAGAAGGCUUGUUACUUGUUACAUUCAAUAUGCCAACUUCCUGUUCAAUGUAUAAGAAAACCGUUUUAUAAAGCCAAUAUGCAUAUUUCCAGCUGCAAGGUUGUUUACAUAUUUUUACUCUGACUGAUAAGUAAAUACUAUCCAUGAAUUAGAAA